AUGAAUGAAACAUUUCCGUUUGGUUCAACUUGUCAUCCUUGCUGGGAUUGGUGGGAAGGCGCAUCGCGGGUUGCAGGCGUAUAAAAAGCGCUCCUAUCGGGCUCACUCUCACUUUCAGCAACCCACCGCUUUCGGAGCGCUUUUUUUUUUUCGUUUAACCGCGGCUCCGAGGAUUAAAUCAUGAUAAGAAACCGAGUUUUUUCCUGUUUUGUCUUCUACGCCGUUCUGCUGGUUAUAAAAAUGUACGUUAUAGCAAUCAUUACGGGACAAGUGAGGCUGCGUAAAAAGGCUUUUGCCAACCCCGAGGACGCGUUGAGGCAUGGAGGUUUACAAUAUCACAGAGAGGAUCCAUAUGUGGAAAGAUGCCGGAGGGCCCAUAUGAACGACCUGGAGAACAUCCUCCCCUUCCUCUUCCUGGGAGCCAUCUACUCCAUGACUGGACCUUCGCUGUGGGUGGCCCGCAUCCACUUCCUGGUGUUCUUCUUGGGCCGCGUCCUGCACAGCGUGGCCUACCUGCUGGCCCUGAGAGCGCCCACCCGCUCUGUGGCCUACACCGUGGCACAGAUACCCUGUGUUUCCAUGGCCGUGCAGAUCCUGAUGACAGUAGCGACAUAUGCCUAACUCACCACCGAUUGGGGACUGAACUCGGAGUAGGCAUAUGCAUAUAAAAAAUACCUCUGCAAUGACUUAACAGCCUGUGUCAGAGAAAGCAGUUUGAGGCCCCCCGGUGGCCCCCUGGGAACAUGUUGGGAGUGCAAUAUCAAGCGUGUGAUUACACCAGUGCUGGGUUUUUUUGUGAAAUUGAAACAGUAUUUCCUUUUUUCAAGAUGUGACAGUAUCUUAAAGUGUAUUUAAAGCGUGAUAUUUGACACCCUAAACCGUAUUUUUCAAACGUAAAUGAAGGUUUUUGCUAGUUUUCACAGUCAUUUGUUCAAUGUAUCAAUUCACCGACAGCUUUAGAUUCAAAUCCACUUUGAAACGAGUUGAGCUGCACUGUGUGAUUAAUCCUAACCUCUUUUUGUUUACACACAACAUAGGCCACCAUUGGUGUGGUUUCAUAUCCUCAUCAUGGCUUUGUCUGUUUCCUGUGUGGGUUUUCUAUCUGUUGUGUAAACCUGUGUUUGGGCACUAUGUUGAUGAGGUGCAGAAAGAUUUAGUAUCAUCUCCUAAUGCUCCUCCUGUGUGAAUGAAAAUACCUUUACAGGAGGAAGAAAGAUCUGAAAUUGCUGGCAAAAAAGUAUCUUAUAUGUAAUAAUGUCAUUUUAAUAUGUGAAAACAUACUCUUAGGGUCUUUUAUUUAUUAUUAUGAUAUGUUUGUGAUUAAACUAAAACAUGUUUCUAGUUAAUAAAGCAUUUUAUGACCAUGCAGAUGCCAUUGUUACCUGGGAAUGUGUCCUCUGUUUUUCCUAGAUUGAACAGAUCUCUGU